GAUAACGUUAUAGUUAAAAGCCGUGAAACGUCAUUUCUUGGCCAUUAUUUUUACGCGAAAGUUGUACAGCGCGUUUUGUCCCUCCACAGUCGCCGUAAAAGAACAACAAGCAUGGCUGCGUCCUUACUGUCUCAGGCCAUAAGGAGAUGCUCAGCACACACCUGCACUGCUGCUUUCAGGAGGGGUUUGAGUUCAGGUGCUGCUCCAUCCUCUGUCUUCACCAGGUUUCUCUUAAAACUCAAUCACACGUUUUAUGAUGUUGAAAACAUUGUCGGCUGGAGCAGCUGGAUGAGAUCACGAGUGGUCAGACGUAAGAAUAGGUUCUUCGGUUACACACAGCAGAAGUUUGGUGAUAAUAUAGCAGCGGCCUAUUACAUUCUUAGUCUCAGAGGAAGCUUCAGAUUUGCUGGUGAGUCUGAGUGGUUUCGUCCAGACUCUCGAGGAAAAUUCAGCUACGAGUUUUUAAACACACCGGACUCGCAUAUCGAGCAAGUGGAUCUGAGUGGCACCCUGAUAAACCAUGAAGGACUUGAUAACCUUGUAAGGCAAAAUAAACUUCAAACUCUUUGCCUUCGUGGAUGUCCUGAAGUGGAUGACUGGUUUCUCGCCCGUUUGCAUGUGUUUGGUGAGACUCUAUUGGAGUUAGACCUGUCUCAUUGUUCCCGUAUCACAGUGGGAGGACUCGCUGCUUUACAAAAUCUCAGAAAGUUACAGCAUCUGGAUAUUUCAGGACUUCCUCAGCUGCAAAGUCCAGGCCUGGUGCAGAUUUUGCUAGAAGAAAUGCUGCCGCGCUGCCAGAUCACUGGAGCCGAAUAUGAGCAGGGCCUAAUCCAGACAGACAGCCAAGAGCCACCAGAAGACCAGAAUGAAGCGUCUUUACACACUAAUACUGGACUCAAACAUACAUGAACUUGCACACAGAUACUGUACGAUGGUGGGACUGCUGAUAGUUGAAACAUACAGUAGAUUACUGUACCCAUAACUCUGCUGUCAUUAUAAAAUUGGUCAUCAUGACAUAUACAAGAGGUGAACAAAAUAAUAUUUACACCCAUUGCAAAAGUGGAUGUUAUUAUUUUCAAAGGCAAAUAUGAUGCAACAAACAUUGCUCACUUAAAACAGUUGGGUUAUCAUGGAAUUUCUGGAAUAUCAUGGAAUUUUUAAAGGUCUUUUCCAGACAUUGAAAGUCAGGGUAUUUUCAAUUUUUUGUCCAAGUCAUUAAGUAUCAGGGAUUUUUGUUUCUUGCUUUAAAUUUUUGUUUCCAUUUAUCAAAAUUGUUUUGUUUGUUAAAUUAUGAUGUAAGAGUGGGAACGCUGGGUUAUAAAUGACCCAAUAGAUAACCCAAUCUUGGGUUACUAUAGCACCGACCCUUUGUUGGUUUAUUUUAACUCAAUGCCGCUUUACCCAAUCAGUUGUGUUAUGAAAUAACCAUUUUUGGGUUUUUUUGCUAUGCUGCUUUAACCCCCAUUAUUAUUAUUAUGGAUUAAGUUUUUUUAUAUAUAUAAAUAACAAUAUAAAACUUACAAAUAAAUUUAAUUUCCAUUACAUCUUUUAUAUUUGUUUCAAUUUACAACAGUAAAUACUGUAAAUGUAUAAAUACAUUAUCGUUUCUUACUAUAUUGUUUAGGUUGCAUGCUUGAACAAGGUUGUGAAUAAGUUGUUUCAAGAGAAGAGUAAGAAGUAGGUUCUACUCCAGCUUCUGUGAAACAACUGAUCUGGUACAGAAAGUACUGUGGUACCGUUGUAUUAAAUGUGACUCUAAUAUAUAACAUGGAACAUCAUGCUACUUCAUUAAUUGUGGUACUGUUACUGUAUUUGAAAAAGCAGGUGUGAAAUCUAAUUAAUCUUGUGCAGUAAUCCUGUAAUCCAUUUAAUGAAAGUGUGGGGAAGUUCUAGGUGUUAGAAAGACUGGGACACAAGCAAACGUGAAUAAAGAUAUCAGCAAAGGUAAUAAUUGCUUUUUAUUCAUUUCAUUUAUAUAGCUUUUUAUGCAGAUUAAGCUUUUAAAAUAAAGUAACCUCACUUUGAAUUCCCACUUGACGAAACACUGUUAUUUUGUAGUAUUUUAAUCUUAAUAACAUUUGUAACAGAUAUGAAGUAAUGUUUAGUUAUUUUUUCUACCAGAGUUUGUUUCCGCCCGGAUGAUUUUAAUUUAAGUAGAAAUAUUAUGUUGAAAUAAAAACUUAAUAAGAA